ACGCAAGGACGGAAUGAUAACCUGUUCAGCCGUAACCCUUUCUGGAAAUGUUUGGAGAUUGUUAGAGCCUCCAGGACUGCACCAACGUCUAUCUCAAUAGAGGCAACGAUGGUGUAAUUGAGUCGGCGUCACCCACACCGUGUGACGGGACCAAAAUUUCGCACAUUUGGAAUAAUGUCCAGGCGUGAAGCGCCAAAGGUCGCUUCCACUGGCGCGAAAAGGAAACGGGCGACUGAUGCUCUCGUAUCGAAGCCCCCUCAGGACCCCUUUCCUCUGGAGAAGGUUGACAUAAAGCCGCCAAGCGACGAUGAGGAAGGGAAUGGGGGCCACAAUGAAGUUGAAGGAGACCUCAACAAUGAUGGGAAAGAAGAUGACGACGACGACCUGGUGAUUCCACAAAUAGUUGAAGGUUCGGAUAACAGUGAUAGCGAUGCUGAAGGUGAAGAGGAUGUCGAGGAAGAUGAAGAUAAGCGGGACGAAGAGGAAUCUGACGUUUCCAGUUUUCUUAUUGAAGACUCUGCCAAUGAAUUGGAGGAGAAAGACGAGGACAGUGAUUCUGAGGAUGAAGUAGAAGUGGGGUCGAAAGGGAAAACGAUCGUCUCAGAUAUCACUGGCCGCCCGAAGCGCGUCUACCCUCACAUUGAAGCAGGAUACGACUCAGACUCUUCCACCGAAGAUGAUCCGAAUCGGAUAGGAAACGUCCCGAUGCAUUGGUAUGACGACUUGCCUCACAUUGGGUACGACUUGGAUGGGAAGAAAAUCUUUCGGCCUGCCAAGGGAGAUGAACUGGAUAAGUUCUUGUCCACAGUGGAGGAUCCAACUAGCUGGACCGCUGGGUUUGACCGUUCGACACAGAAUGACAUUCAACUCACCACGGAAGAGUUGGACAUCAUUCGUCGCUUACAAAUGGGAGAAAAUCCUGAUGCUGGAUAUAAUCCUUACGAGCCUAUGGUGGAAUGGUACUCUGGGAAGGGCAAAGAGAUGGUUCUGCCCGUCAAUAGACGUCCAGAACCUAAACGGAGAUGGCUCCCAAGUAAAUGGGAAAAGCAAAAAGUCAUGAAAAUUGUUCGCGCCAUUCGCGAAGGCCGUAUUGUUCCCAAUAAACCCGUCUCGAAGGAACCAGAAUUCUACCAAAUUUGGUCCGAUUCAAAACGUCACCAGCCUCCACCGCUCGCAGCACCUAAAGUGCCACUUCCAACCAAUGCCGAAUCGUAUAACCCGCCCGCCGAGUAUUUGCCUUCUACAGAGGAGAAGGCAAAAUGGGAGGCAACAGGGACUCUCAACUCAGGACGCAACUUCCUGCCACAAAAGUAUGACGCUCUUCGACAUGUUCCAGGCUAUGAUAGAUUCUUUCAGGAGCGAUUUUCUCGUUUACUUGAUCUAUACAUGGCUCCCCGAGUACAAAGAAAGCGAAGAAAAAAGAAAAUCGAGGCCAAAUCGUUACUGCCUAAUUUACCAUCCCCACAAGAGCUUAAACCAUUCCCCACCUUUGAAUUGCUUAGGACGAGCCACUCGAGUCGCGCUCGAUGUAUUUCUAUCAGUCCUGAUGGUGUCUGGGUAGCUUCUGGGGAUGAGCGUGGCGAGGUCAGAAUUUGGGAAACAGUUGUGGGGCAUAAAGGUGCUCGCUUCAAGUUUGGGUCGCGGGUGGCAUCAAUUGCGUGGUGUCCCCAGAAUGGUAUUAGUUUCCUGGUGGUCGGGAUCGACGAGGCUAUCCACUUCAUCAUGCCUCCUUAUCAACCUCCAGCAAUAGCCCAAGCCACCUUAUCUGUUCUUACUCCUCCCAAUCUGCCUCACCCUGCACAGGAAUCCCUUCACUGGACAGUGUCCGAUUCUGGGUAUUCACAAGGAGUCCAUGAACCCAUAAUGACCAUUACGAUGCCUCACGCCUCAGGGCUUGUCAAACAACUCACGUUUCACCGGAAGGGCGACUAUGUCGCUUCAACGAGUGCUUCCGGCGUUGUUUGGAUCCACCAGAUCAGCAAGCGGCACUCGCAAGCACCAUUUAGAAGGGUGAAAGGCGUAGUCCAAAAGGUUCUCUUUCACCCCAUUCGUCCACAGUUCUUCGUCGCAACUCAGCGAUACAUCCGAUUAUAUGAUCUCGUGGCCCAGAAGCUUCUCAGAACACUCUCAAGUACCAUGCGCUGGAUAUCGAGCAUGGAUGUGCACCCUUCAGGCGAUCAUCUAAUCGUGGGUAGUUACGAUUCCAAACUUGCUUGGUUUGACCUUGAGCUGGGUGAAAAACCAUAUAAAAUCCUGAAGUUUCAUUCAAAGGCCAUCCGUUCCGUUAAAUUCCACCCCUCAUACCCUCUCUUCGCAUCCUCCUCUGAUGACGGGACCAUUCAAAUCUUCCACGGUCGGGUGUACAAUGAUCUCACAACCGACCCGCUGAUCGUACCACUCCGAGUCCUAAGUGGCCACAAGAUUUCGGAUCACCUGGGUGUACUGGAGAUCGAAUGGUUGAGGGAUCAUCCAUGGCUUGUAAGCGCAGGAGCAGAUGGAAAUGUGGCUGUCUGGGCAAACUAGUGUUUAUUGUGUGCGCUAUUCCAAGUCGUCUCAGUAGUCAUACUCUCUAUUCACGUCCAUUAUUGGUGGUUGUUCAGCUGAGCUUGAAUGGUACUAGCUUUAGGGGCUUCUCUGUGGGGCAGGUUAAAUAUUGAGAUACCGAUCGCACCUAAUUUACAUCCAAACAAGCCUCCUAUAUAUCACUCCCAUUUGAG